UUUUCGAAGUUCUUUCGAACUUUAACACCCCAAUGUGUUUUAUUUGAAUGUAUAAUUAAUAAUGUCGAAAAUUUUUAAAAUUGUACUAUGUAUAUCAGCAAUUAUCACUAUAAUUGUCAUAACAAUCGUUAUCGUUGAAGAUAUUCUUUCAUAUAAACCUGCCAAACGUUUACAUGUUAAAUGUAAUCAUCGCAAAUUUCAAUAUGAUUCGACUGUAUGUGUUUGCAAUAAAAACCAUUGUGAUAUUUUAGGACCAUUGCCAAAGACAGCUGUCGGUAAAAUUCAAGUUUAUGUAACAAGCCGAGAUGGUGAUCGUUUUGAAUUUAGUCGAUUCAUUUUUCAAACUAAUAAACCUAAAAAAAAGAAUGAUAUUCGAAUAAGUAUAUAUCGUGAUAAAAAAUAUCAACAUAUUAUUGGAUUUGGUGGUGCAUUUUCUGAUUCAACUGGAUUGAAUAUAAAAAAACUUGAUAAUAAAUUACAGGUUCGAUUGAUAAAGGAUUAUUUUGGAUCAGAUGGUAUUGAAUAUAAUGUUGGACGAAUACCAAUCGGUGGUACAGACUUUUCUCCACGUCCAUAUACUUAUGCUGAUGAAUCUGGUGAUGAAACAUUGUCUAAUUUUCGCCUACAAACUGAGGAUUUAGAAUACAAGAUUCCAUAUAUAAAAAUGGCACAAAAAUUUAGUUCACAUAAAAUUCUUUUUUUUGGCAGUGCUUGGGGCCCUCCUGCAUGGAUGAAAACCAACAAUGAUAUUAGCCAUGGUGGUUAUCUGAAAGGCGAACCCGGAGGAAAAUAUUAUAAACUGUUUGCUAAAUAUAUUGUCAAAUUUUUAAAUGCAUAUGAAAAUCAGAAAAUUCCUAUUUGGGGAAUAACCGUUGUUAAUGAGCCGGUAAAAGGAAUGAUUCCCGAAUGGAAAUGGAAUUGUUUAGGACUUAAUUCAAGUCAACAGAGAGAUUUUCUCAAACUAGAUCUUGGUCCGGAAUUACAUCGAAAUGGAUUCAAAAAAGAAAAACUUAAAUUGAUGAUUUACGAUGAUUGUUUGCUUGAUAUGAAACCCUAUGUAGAAACAGUGUUAAAUGAUAAACAUGCAGCUGAAUUUGUUUCUGGUGUUGCUUUUCAUUGGUAUGAGAAUCGUCGUAAAGAAGCCAAUCGUAAAGAUAUUGAUGAUAUUUAUCAUAAAUAUCAUGAUAUUUUUAUGCUCAACACUGAAGCUUGUGAGCUACGAGAAAAUGACAGUGAACGUGUUCAUUUGGGUGAUUGGCAUGCAUUUAAUCAUUAUGCCGAUGAUAUUAUUGAAGAUUUAAAUCAUUAUUCAUCAGGAUGGAUUGAUUGGAAUAUGGCUCUGAAUAUUGUAGGUGGUCCAGGUUGGGCAGAAAAUCUGGUUGAUGCACCAAUCAUUAUAAAUACUACUGGAAAUGAAUAUUAUAAACAACCAACAUUCUAUGCUAUGGGACAUUUUAGUAAAUUUUUAACACCUGGUUCGGUUAGAAUUCAUUUAGAAAUGGAUUCCGAUGAAACUGAACAAUAUUCAAUAAUCAAGGCAACAGUUUUUCAACGUCCUGAUAAUGGAAUAGUAUUGAUUCUAUUGAAUCAAAAUAAAGAAAAAAAAUCUAUACUUAUUACUGAUCCUAAACGAGGAAAAUUUAUAUUUGAAAUGAAAUCUGAAUCGAUGGCAAGUUUACUUUGGUAUUAAAAAUGGUGUUGAGUGAUAA